ACACGCCCCGGCUGAAUCACAAAACUUCCUUCGAGUUGCCGCUGCUGUUGUAAUUUCUGAACAAAACAAUGAUUUACCAGUUAGGAAUGUUUAAAUAAUUUCAAGGUUUGUACGCUUUUAUUUGUCACGUGCUUUAUUUGGUUGCUGAGUUAUGCGUUUAUAGCAUUAACGGUUGUUGUAAAAGGCUGUAAUUUCCAUAUUUAGAUAACUUUUUGUAACUAUAACUUUUCAGCAUCAUAACUUGUUAUAAAGAUAAUAUUAAUAAGAGUAUGAAAUAACAUUUUUUGAGUCGCAUUGACCGUCGGACAAAUCUGAUACCAGAGGAGGAUGUCUGAACUGAGCGACGAGGCCAGCAGUGAGUCGGAUCAGUUCGGCGCGAGUCUGUCCGUGUGGCUGGCGGGCGGAGGAGACGCUCUGAUCGGCCCGGAGGAGCUGAGCGUGCCGCUGGACCUCCACACCGCCUGCUCCAUCGGACAGUUUGAUGUAGCGGCCGAAUACAUCCGCAGGGGAGAUGUGGAGUUGGACGGGAAGAACACCGGCGGCUGGACUCCUCUGAUGUACGCUGCAUAUAUCGGUCACGAUAACAUCGUCAACCUGCUGCUGGAGACGGGCGUCAGUGUCAACACCACCACGUGUAAAGGACUCACGCCGCUGAUGCUCGCCGCCAGCUGCGGAAACCAGAGCAUCGCCUGCUUCCUCCUGCAGAAAGGAGCGCAGCUUGAAUGUAAGGAUGUGUGCGGAUGGACAGCUUUGCUGCACAGUACAGCUACAGGACAUCAGCAGAUGGUCAGAUUCUUACUAGAGCAUCACGCCAAUGCAAAUAUCAAAGAGCCGCUGGCAGGAUUCACUCCGCUCAUGGAAGCUGCCGCGUCCGGCCAUGAAAUCAUCGUUCAGUACCUGCUCAACCAUGGCGUACGAACGGAGGAGAGGAGCGUUAACGGAGAAACGGCGAGAGCUCUGGCUAUGAUGUACGGACACACCAAAAUCGCCAGCCUCAUCGACACGCACGUCAUGAGAGCCAAAUCAUCUGAGGAGCUGAGCUCGUCUGAAGAAGAGAGUACGACUCCUAGAGUCCGAUCGGCUCGCAGCAGAACCAGAGGACCCAGCAUUCACGACGGCCCUCAAGCUAUCGCACGCUUCAGAGUCGGCUCCAAACACGAGGUUCCCGUGGCUCCUGGAUACGUGACCUUCCGGGACGCUGCUGAUCAGAGCGAGGGAAUCUGCAAUCGUGACGUCACUUCCCCCAUCAAUGAGCUCGACGGCCAGAGCAACAGCAGUAGAGAUGAGCUGUUUGAUAGCAACCUGCCCACCGUGAGGAGCAGCAGCAGCAGCAGCGAGGGUCUGUCUCAUCUCCUCGGACACAGCAGGGAGGCGUCGCUGGAGAGCAACGAGGACUCUGAUCAAGCAAAGAGAAGAUGUCCACGUCGAUCCAAAGGCAGGAGUCCUGGUAACAGCAUCGGUUACCGUGAGGCUCCGUCUUCCUCUGGACCUCCUCCUUCAUACACUGGACCCAAGGAUCUUGGAGAGUUUCUGGAGCAGAUCGGGUUCAGUAAAUACCUUCCUCUGCUGGAGGAGCAAGACAUCGACCUGAGGAUCUUCCUCACACUUACUGAGAACGACCUCAAGGAAGUUGGCAUCACUCUGUUUGGUCCUAAAAGGAAGAUGACAUCAGCAAUAGCUCGCUGGCACAGUAAUGCACGGCCGCCCAGUGAUGCGUUAGAGCAGGCGUAUGCAGACCAACUGGAGGCCGAGAUGCAGGAAAUGGCCAUUCAGCUUCAUAAGCGUUGUGUGGAGGUGGAGUCUCUGCAGGGUCAGGUGUCUCAGGAGAAGGAGCUGCGUGCUGUGAUGGAGGGAUGUCUGAUGGAGGAGAAGAUGGCGUGGAAGAGUGCUCAGGCGGAGCUGCAGGAGAACAGCAAACGCUUUCAGAUGCUGAGCGGGAAACUACACGCUCUACACAACACUCACGCACAGCCCACACAGGAGGACACUCGAACUGUGGGGAAAGGUGACGGUUUGAUGUGCUCUCAGCUGCUGUCUCAUAUGGCGGAGCUCGCUGACGGUCUGAAGGAAAUCCUCCACAGUCUCCAGCGUCUCAGCGCUUCAGAGAAACGCUCACACAACUGGGAAGAAUCCUAACAGCUGUGGAUGGGACACUGGCUUUUACCGACGGAGGGUGAAAAAGCACCCUAAACCAACGGAUGGCCGCAGGGACGGGCCACAGAGAAGAGCCACGUCACUCAAGUUCAGAUGGAGAUGACGGCAGGGCGGCCGAAAAUGACAAGCAGGCGAAGAGAGUCUCUCGCCUGUGCUCCAGUCACAUGGUACAUGCAUCACGAGAACCGACCAAUCACAGACAGGGCUGUGUCAGACAGGGCGGAGCCAGAGGAUUUGAACUUACUGUCAGGAAUUCAGUGCGCACAGAAACACAUGUGUGGAUACUGCAAGCACAAAUACUGUUAAUUGCUGUACAACGAAUCAAACCUCUCAUUAGAUUAGAUUUAAAAGCAACCUAUUGAAAGAGUUUCAUUCAUAAAUCAAACUCUCAACUGUUCGCCUAAUCAUCUUCUCUUAAAUACUGUGUAUGUUAUAAAUACACUCAUUCGUUUGUCAAAACCACUGUUGUGCAAACUAUCAUAUUCAGUUCAGUUCAUUCAAAUAGCUUUAUUGGUAUGACUGUAAUUAAUACAGUAUAGCCAAAGCUGGGGAAAUAUGCAAAACAACAGUAUAUUAUUAUUACUACUUCAACAUGACAACUCAAUUUUUAACUGAAUAUUUAGUUCAAUCCGAUGCAAAAAUGAACACAGAAAUGAAUUCUGCUGGUGUUGCAUGAUUAAGGAACAUUUCAUGUCCGGGUUUGUGGUCAUAUUGUUGAAGCUACUGUCAAUUUUUUUUUUUUACUAUAUCAGUUUUUAAUUAUUUUUAUGUUAAUCAGCGAGUCUGUCAAUUGUGUAAACAAAGUCUUUAUUGUAAUUAUGUUACAUAAAUGUACAAGAAUGUAGUAUUUUAAAGUCUGGAAAUACAACAUUUAAAGCAAAUGCAUGUAGUUUUGUGUAUUUUUGCGACUUCGGAGCCCCCUAACAGUUAAAUGUGUGGAAUUCACUGUCGUAAAAAUAUCA